AUGACUACUAGCAGUAAAGUAAGCAAUGCUCUUUCCUCUCAACCUAAAGACAGAAUUUAUCUUUCCUUGCAUGAAGCAUUUGAACAAGUUGUCACGUUACGCCGACUCCGGGAGGUUUUACCCGAAGCUAAAUGUGAGAAACUUUUAAAGAAUAUCGCAUUGGUCCAAGGAAUUGAUGUGAUAGAUGCUCAACUAUUAUUGGGUUCAUGA